AUGGCAGAGACACGUCUCUUUACAGUUCGGCCAUUGUCAAAACAAUCAAGAAAUGAUCACCGAGAUGCGUUCCGCGUUUAUCUUUCCUCUUCCUCAUUAGCUUCACUGAAGCUCCGAGCCGGGGAUAUCUGCAUAGUCGGGCCACCUGGAGGAAUUUCAAAAACAGCUAUAGCUUGGAAUGCAACCGAAAACAUCCAGAACUCGGUGGUCCAGACUUCGAGAACACUUCAGGACUGCUAUGACAUUAAACUGGGAGAAAAGGUCUCGAUCAGCAAAAGUGAAAACGCCCUGGAGGACAUCGAAUCCAUAUCUUUCGCCGAAUGCUCGGACGCCGAAAAACUCUCAAGCUAUGGUCCUCUUGCCCAUACGGAGAGAUGCCAUUGGGCAUGGGCCUUGGAAUUUCCUUUAUCGAAAUGUGAUGCUCUUGCGGUCGGCUUAACUUUCGAAAUAGAACUGAGGGGCCAGCGACGGAGUUUCCGAGUGUCAGAUAUACAAGUCUUCAAUGGAACCACUCAAAGCACGUUGUUCAAGUUCACCAAAGACACCGCCAUUCUAGUUGGCGAAGAAAAAGGUACCAAGAAAGACCGAACAUGGCACCUUCAAGUAAGACCGGCCGGCCUUGGGGGGAUGGCUCGUCAGCUUGGUAGCAUCAAUGAGGCCCUUGCCGACUUCAAUUCGGGGUCUGAAAACUUAGUCAUGCCAUCAUUCUAUGAGCAUAUCCAAGGUAUCCUUCUAUAUGGCCCGAAAGGAACCGGCAAAACGAAACUCUUGGCCCAAAUUCAGGAAGCAGGAUGGAGGAAAUCUUUUAAUAUCAGCUCUUCUCUAUUCACAAGGAACAUCGCCGAUGGCGAAGCCAAACUUCGGAACGCCUUCAAAGAUGCAAUCCGCUGCCAGCCCAGUGUUGUGAUUAUUGAUCAGCUGGAGUUCGUUGCUCCUAAGCGAACAUCAAUGGAAUCAUCAUCUCUGGCGCUCGUGCUAUGCGAAUGUAUAGAGGCUAUGAAGGGUGCUUUUGUCAUGGUUGUGGGUGCAACUCGCCACCCAAAUGACGUUGACGAUGCCUUGAGAACGCCCCAUAGAUUAUCACUCGAGAUUGAGCUGCAGGUCCCUUCAGCGCAGAACCGCGUGGAAAUAUUGCGCGCGCUAUGUGGACACCCCUCCUUUGACUUGAGCGAUAGACUCAUAGAUAUGAUGGCAGAAAAAACCCAUGGCUAUGUUGGGGCCGAUUUAUUUGCCUUGCUCCAACUGGUAUGUCGCAAGGCGCGGCUAAGACAGGUCUCGGAGAAAGACUCCUCUGACAGUCUCCCUAAUUUGGGCCCAGCCUGUCCGUUAGGUAUCCAGGACGUGGACAUUUUGUCGGCUUUACAAGAAACUCGUCCUACUGCGAUGCGAGAGGUAUUCUUAGAGACCCCGAAAGUGAGAUGGACCGAUAUUGGUGGGCAGCAUGAUAUCAAAAAACGUCUUCAAAAGGCGGUUGAAAGGCCUCUGAAACACCCGGAACGGAUGAGGAGACUCAAUGUAAAUAGCAAGAAAGGUGUCCUACUCUACGGGCCCCCGGGUUGCUCUAAGACCUUGACGGUCAAGGCACUUGCUACGGAAGCCGGGCUAAACUUUUUGGCCGUCAAAGGCGCCGAGAUUUUGAGUAUGUUUGUUGGCGAGUCGGAACGAACAUUAAGAGACAUCUUUCAAAAAGCCCGAUCCGCGAGACCUAGUAUCAUCUUCUUCGACGAGAUUGAUGCGAUUGCCGCGAAACGGAGUAAAACAACCCAGGGGGGGGUAAAUGUACUGACGACUCUGCUCAAUGAAAUGGACGGCAUCGAAGAGUUACGGAGUGUCCUGGUCGUCGCUGCAACCAACAAGCCUGACGUGAUUGAUCCAGCCCUGAUGCGUCCAGGACGCCUGGACAAUCUACUUUACAUAGGGCCUCCUGAUUUGGAAGCAAGGAGGGAGAUUCUGAAUAUUUGGUGUCGCAAAUCAGUGGUUCAUCCCGAAGUAGGACUGGAUGCCUUAGCCGAGAAAACCGAGGGUUACUCGGGGGCUGAGAUUGUGAGUAUCUGUGAGACGGCCGGGGAUGCUGCAUUGGACGAGGAAGAAGAGACAGGCGAAGAGCAAGAUGUUCGGUGGAAGCAUUUCGAGAUCGCCCUUCAGCAAGUCAAGAGGCAGAUCACCGAUGCGGUCCGUGAGGAAUACGAGCAAUGGGGACGAUCCGUCGAAACCAGUAAAUAA